AUGAAACCUGCGCCUCCGCCACUUCCGCCCCCAUCCAGAAUCCCCGCUUUGGAGAUGGGCCAUGACCCCGGCUGGCAGUACGCAAAUUCUCAAACUCCGACUUCUCUACCGUCUAUCAACCCGGGCUCAAGUCUGUUCGGAGGUCAUCGACGGCCGGUAACCGCCUCACAGGGUGAUCCAAUGCAGAUAGACGAGUUAGAGGGGAGGCAGGGAGCUCCACUCUCGCGGAGUCCUGAAACUCAGAUCCAGAUCCAGCCACCGCCGUCAGCUACAGACGGAUUUCCAAAUUCCAUGUCGAUCAUCCCGAAUCCGACAGGUCCAGUUUUGAGUGGCGAGCGCGAAUUUUCACUGCGUAGUGUCAAAGACUCAUCAAAUGCCUACGAUCAACAUCUAUUAUCCAAAAUUGGAAAGCCUCAAAUAGCAAAACCUCCGUCCCCCGGGGGAUCUAUCAGUCUUGGAGACAGCCGAAAUUCGCUCUCUGCACUUACAGUUCCUUUACGAAGCCCAAGCAAUCUGCCAUCACCCGGGCCUUCAGAAGGGUCAACGCUGGAUGUGAAAUGGCACAAUAGCCCUCAGUCUGCGGGCGUUUCCCCAAGGACAAAUGUCAACUGGAGAGAGUAUGUCGAAGGCCGAAGCCCAAGCGUGGAGAGCAAUGCACCAUCAGCACUGGAUUACGACCAAGGAUCUUUCCGACGCCGCUAUCGUGGAACAACGCCCCAGCGAGAAGAUAGCAUCAGUCUACCGAGCCGAUCGAACCGUGGAAGCUAUGACCAGGGCGUUUUUUCAGAUAUCGAGGGAGAGUUUUCGGCCGAUGAGCCGGCACCCCCACGACAAUUCAUUCUUCGAGAGCCCACACCGCCGUAUCCGGAUUCUAGACAGGGCAUGAAACGACGGGCAUCCUCACCUCCACGUGAGCCGAUAAGCGACGAUAGACAUACCUUGCACAUCGCGACGAGUAACGGAGACUUGUCUCAGCGAAGACUCAGUGGUCAUCCGUUCACUAACACACUAUCGGUCAACCCCAACUAUCCCGCGAGUCAACGAACCCUCUCAACCGGCUCGUCCUUGAGCAUCCGGACCUCGGGCUCGUAUUCGUCUACGUUGUCUAUUGGAGGUAGCAGUAUGACCAGCCUUUCUCCGUACGAUCGGCCGUCUCCAGGUGGUUUUUCACCAAGCUCCGACCUCGAUACUUUCCACGAGAAAUCAAUCCUCAACCCCAGUCCUCCUGCGGCGCUAUCUCACGCUACCCUUCCAAGAUUCCCAGGGCCUGCGUCGUUAGAACCGCCUGCGACGGAUUCCACUGGAAAGAUGUCUGUCCCGACUAUUAUGAGUUUGCCAAAGCCAGCCACGCCGAAGAUCGGCGGGCUUUUCAUCUGCGAUUGCUGUCCAAAGAAACCCAAGAAAUUCGACAGCCCAGAUGGCCUGCGUGCACACGAGAUGGAGAAACAGUACGCAUGCGCCUACUGCAACCACCGCUUCAAGAACAAAAACGAAGCCGAGCGACACCAAAACUCCCUCCACCUCCGACGCCAUUCAUGGUCGUGCGCCGCGCUCGUGACUUUCCAAGCAGCAUUCCACCCCUCAGGCGCACAGGCCUGCCAGACCAGUGCCGGGGCUGCGCGUGACACCUGCGGCUACUGCGGGGAGGAAUUCCCCAAUUUCCCACAGGCAGACUGGGACCAACGAUUCGAGCACCUGACCACCGUGCACAAAUUCGGCGAGUGCAACAACGCGAAGAAAUUCUUCCGCGCAGACCACUUCCGACAGCAUCUGAAGCAUAGCCAUGCUGGCACGAGUGGAAAGUGGACUAACAUCUUGGAAAAUGCUUGCAUGAAAGAAGAGCAGCCGCCGGAGCCUCGCGAGCCUCGGGGACCAAAGGAUAAAGCUGCUUCUGGCCCCCAGACUGGGUCAUUGACGACCAAUGCCAUCUCGGAAGUUAUUAGUGAGCAAUGA